UGUGCAAUGCAGAACAGCUUCUGAGGAUAUCAAGUGGAAAUAGAAAGAGUAACGCGUGGUGUAAAUGGGGUACGAGAAGCAAAGUUUCGACCGUUCAGGGCCAUCACACCUAACUUCCAUUGAUUGGAUGAUAUGGGAUUUAAAAUGUGUGCCACUGUAUGCAGGCAGAAUCCACAACAUCAAAGGUCUGUUGCUGCAUGUUUGGUUCAGGGUGUCUAUGUUGUUGAGCGGGACCGCCAAGAGGAACGUGAAGGGCCCCAAGCCCUUGCUCCUCCUUGGUGGGAGUUCUUCCAUUCUAAGUUGCUCCGCAAGCUUGUGGAUGAUGAUGGUUCCUCAAUCUUUGGUGCCAUUUAUGAAUUCAACUCCCCAGUAGAGGGAAAACCUCGUUUUGUAAUUGCCUUCCGAGGCACCUUGUUGAAGAAAAGCACAAUCUUAAGAGAUCUUGAUUUGAAUGUUCAGGUGCUCCGAAAUCAACUUCACCGGACAUCUUGCUUUGAGAUUGCUAUGCAAGCUGUCUGGAAUAUGGUUGAUGCAGCAGGUGAUUCAAAUGUUUGGUUAGCUGGCCAUUCCUUAGGGUCAGCCAUGGCAAUGCUUGCUGGAAAAACUAUGGCUAGCAAUGGCAUUUCCCUCAAAUCUUUUCUCUUCAAUCCACCAUUUCCGUCUGCCCCGAUAGAGAGGAUGAUUGAGGACAAGAGAGUGAAACACGGGCUUCGGAUCGCAGGUAGUGUGAGUACAGCAGUCCUCUAUAUUGCUACGAAGGCUAAACAACAACCACAAGAGAGAAGUCAUUCAGAAGAAAACCCUUUCACUACUCUGUCUGCAUGGUUCCCUAGUCUAUUUGUCAAUCCAGCUGAUGACAUCUGCUCCGAAUAUAUCGGGUAUUUUGAACAUAGGAAGAAGAUGCAGGACAUUGGAGCAGAAGCCAUUGAGAGGAUAGCAACCCAGCAUUCUAUUGUGGAUCUACUAAUGCGUGCAACGGGAAAUCAGCCAGCGCCGGAGCCUAUAUUGCACCUCAUUCCUUCUGCAAACCUGACAGUUAAUUUGACCCCGUCACGGGGUUUCAAAGAAGCCCAUGGAAUUCAUCAAUGGUGGAGAGACGAUCUGCAACUCCAGUCUGAGGUUCACGAAUACAGAUAGUUUUCGGUGUAAUUGUUCCGAUUAUUUUCCAUGUACUCAAGGUUUUAAGUAGUCAAACAGCCUCCAAUCUUGUUUUCAUCAGCCAUGAUUUCGAAAAGAAUAAACCAAAGAAGUGAAGAAGUUUACUAGUUAAGGAAGAAUAGGAGCAAGUAGGGACCUGCUUGGUUGCGUGAAUGCAAUGGCAUAAGAGUUGUAAAUUAUGAGUUGCGGAAUGGAAAUUUCAU